GAACAUGUAUCAGGGAUACGUUCUCGUGUACUGGUCUGCACCCGCUGCCCUCCAUGACUAGCGUCGACGCCACACUCCAAGGCCACGGCACGGCACUCCCUCGGCAUCGGUUCUCACGCACACAACCAUGGCUCUCCUCCUCCAGUCCCUGCUUCUACAGCAGCACCUCUUAAGUCAUCACAUCCUAAAAGACCAGUUCCUCAUUCCCAGCCUGCUGUUGACACUAAACUUUCCUCAAACACCAGAGGAUUCGUUAGGGCAUCCACCGACAGGCUACGAUGAUGAACAACAUCCACAGAUGUCUAAUAUUACCAGGGUGUGGCCCUCAAGAACCCAGCAAGACCCUAAUACGCUGGAGAUUGGCAACAGGUUCCCGAACAAGGAAGACCUUCAGGUGACCAUGAUGGCCAACCAGCUGGCCAUCGCCCAGCUCAGCCAGGUGGUGCUGGGCCUUUUCGGUCCCCGCCUUUUCUCUGCCAAUCACUCCAGGUGGACCCCUACACUAGGAGAGGUGACCCGGGCCUUCUCUGCUAUACGAGGAGAAACAGGCAGCCGCCACAAGCCCGCCAAGAACGUCGCUCAGCCAGGACAGUUCCCGUGGCUGGUGAGUGUGCAGGUGACCAACUUCUACGACGCCUCCUACCACCUGUGUGGCGGCACCAUCCUCUCCCCGCGCUGGGUCCUCACAGCUGCCAGCUGCCUCGACGGUGAGAAGGCUUCCUCUUUGCAGGUGGUGGCCGGGGAGCUGGACAUGACCCACCAGGAGGGCGCCGAGCAGAGCGUCCCUGUCACUCGCCUCCUGAAGCACCCCCACUACACCUACUGGGAGACGCCUUACAAGAACGACUUGGCCCUCCUGCAGCUGGUGGAGCCCCUGGUCCUCGGUGAGCAGGUCAAGGUGGCCGCCCUCCCCUCGCUGGCCUUCCUACCUUCCACAGUUGGUGAGUGUCGUGAGGCGGGGUGGGGUGUGAGUGAGGAAGGAGCAGCGGGCUCCAGGAUCCUCAUGUUCGUGGACGUAUCCCUCAUGCUCCGGCAAGACUGUCAUGCAGCCUACCCAAGCCUCGGAGACAGUGAGGUGUGUGCCGGCCCCGGAGGUGCUGGCUCCUGUGUGGGUGACAACGGCGGGACGUUGAUGUGUGUGACCAGAGACGGCAGGACCCUGAGCGCCGUCAUGUCCUGGCGUGAGGGCUGUGCCCGCCCCGGCAAGCCCGCCGUCUAUAUGGAUGUUGCCAAGUACCUCCCAUGGAUCCUCAACACUACUGGCCUGUAGCCUGUGUUGUGAUCACUGUCACAACACUGGUGGGGUGUAGCCUGUGUUGUGAUCACUGUCUCAACACUGGUGGCCUGUAGCCUGUGUUGUGAUCACUGUCUCAACACUGGUGGCCU